AUGGAGUGUCAUCCAUCAACAGCAGUUCAAGCAUUCAAGUUAGCAAUGAACCGAGGGACACCAAUCCACACAAGUCUGGUGGUGAAUACACCAAAGACCAUGGAUGAGCUGAAUGAGAGAGCUGACAGUUUCGUGCGUUUGGAAGAAGAAGAAACAACUAAUGCAAGGAAGACAUCUAUUAUCUCCACAGAGGAGAAGUCCAAAGCCAAGAUUCGGCAAAAGCAAGCUCCGCAGUGUCAGACCUCCUGGAAGGAACUUAAGGAGGCAAGUGGAGAUGAUGAUCGCAAGGGGAGAAUUUACAAGAUAUGUUCAAGGGCCAGCGCAAGACCAGAAUCGACCAGCUUAGCAAGAUUCGAUGGAAAGCGAGUCGAACCGAUCGGCACAGUAGAAUUGCUUGUUCAAGCUGCCGAGAGAGAACUUUUCGAAAGCUUUGUGGUAAUGGAGAUUUACCCAUCUUAUAAUCUGCCGAUGGGGAAAGGAUGGAUUCAUAGAGUCCAGGGAGUCCCAUCGACCCUGCACCAAGUGAUGAGAUGUCUGAGUCCGGAUAGAAAUAAGGUGAUUGAUAUCUAUGGGGACCAGAAGCCUCCUCCCAGCACGAAUGGGGAGGAAGAGCCUCCGGUGUUGACCGAGGAACCUCUAGCUGAUGUUCAAAUUAAUCAUUUGAGGCCAGACCGAACCACAAAAAUAGGUUCAGGGCUUGGUAAAGAAGAGAAACGCCAGUUGAUUGAUUUCUUUUCCCAGAACGUGGAUGUGUUCGCUUCGAGCCAUUCUGACAUGCCGGGAAUCGACCUCUCAGUCUCUUGUCAUUCCCUUCAUGUAUAUCCGAACGUUAAACCUGUACGGCAGAAGCAAAGAAGGUUCGCCCCGGAGCGCAACCAGAUCAUUGCGGAUGAAGUUGAUAGAUUUUUAGAGGCUGGGUUCAUUAGAGAGGUUCAGUACCCGAUCUGGCUAUCGAACGUGGUUGUAGUGCAAAAGAUGAAUAGAAAGUGGAAGGUUUGCAUUGACUUCACCAAUCUGAAUAAAGUCUGCCCGAAGGAUAGCUUUCCUCUUCCAAAGAUUGAUCAAAUGGUGGAUGUUACAACGGGGUAUGAACAAUUAACCUUUCUAGAUGCCUAUUCAGGUUACAAUCAAAUCCCAAUGGAUCCGAACGAUGAGGAAAAGACCUCUUUUGUCACUGAACGAGGGACCUACUAUUACAAGAAUCAAAUGGACAAGACUGUUGAAGCUUACAUCGAUGACAUGGCAGUGAAGAGUAAAUAA